GCUGGCCGAAGGAUAGCGGGAAAUGAGGUGGAUGAAUUGCUAUCACUUGCUACGCGCCGCCAGGCCAUGGGCAAGCAUGAACCCCGUUACUUAUAACUCUCAUGACUCCACCCACCCCAACUAAGCACACAAGCCUGAAAGCCUCUGUGUGUUCGCUUUCAUGGCUUGUAAAUGAGAAAGCCCACGCUCCUUUUCCUCACCCUCCUCCACCGCCACCACCUUAAACCCUUCUCUUCAGCCGCUCCUCUUCCCCAACAACCCUACCCUGAUCACCACCACUCGGAUCUCCCUUCCAAGCUCUUCCCCAUCCUCUCCAACCCAAAAUGGCGAAAACACCCUUCUUUUAAAACCCUAAUCCGUCACCUCACCUCAUCCACUCUCUCCUCCCUCUUCUCCCUCGACCUCCAUCCACUCACCGCCCUCAACUUCUUCCGAUGGAUCCUCAAAAACCACCGCGCUUUCGUCCCCACUCCCCAUUCCUACCAUGCUCUCCUUCUCAUCCUCGUCCGUAACCGCCACCUCCAAGCCGCCGAGAAUGUCCGCAACUCCAUGAUCAAGACCUGCUCUUCGCCACACGACGCAAGGUUCGUCCUCAACUCUCUUCGCCAAUUACACAAUUAUGCAACUGGUGAUGGGAAUUCAGGGUUUAGGCUCUCUGUUACUUCCUAUAAUAGGCUCCUUAUGUGCUUGUCGCGUUUCGCUAUGAUCGAUGAAAUGAAUGGUUUGUGUAGCGAAAUGAUUUUCGACAAUGAUGAGGUUUUGCCUAAUUUGAUUACAUUCAAUACUAUGCUGAAUGCGUAUUGCAAAUUGGGGAACAUGAUUUUGGGGGAAAUAUGGUUUUCUAGGCUGUUAAGAGGUGGCUUUGUUCCUGAUUCAUUUACAUAUACUUCAUUGAUAUUGGGUUACUGUGAAAAUAGAGACGUGGAGAAGGCUUAUAGGGUGUUUAGGCUUAUGCCGAAUAUGGGGUGCCGGAGGGAUGAGGUCUCGUAUACUACUAUGAUACACGGUCUUUGUGAAGCUGGGCGACUUGAUGAAGCUCUCAUGUUGUUCGCACAAAUGAAGGAGGAGCAUUGCGUUCCCACAGUUCGGACUUAUACUGUGCUCAUUGGUGCUUUAUUUGAGUCUGGUAAGGAACCGGAAGCGCUGCAUCUAUUUGAGGAGAUGGUAAACAGAGGUUGCGAGCCAAAUGUUUAUACCUACACUGUGUUGAUUGACUACUUCUGUAAGGGAGGCAGAAUGGAUGAGGCGAUGACAAGAUUGAAUGAAAUGCUCGAGAAAAGGUUGGCGCCCACUGUUGUGCCUUACAAUGCCUUGAUUGCUGGGUAUUGUCUAUGGGGAAUGAUGGAGGAAGCAAUGGGUAUUCUGCGUCUUAUGGAGUCAAAUAAAGUUCGUCCAAAUGCUCGGACAUUUAAUGAACUGAUUUGUGGAUAUUGCAGGAGCAAAAGCAUGGACAGGGCAAUGGGACUACUUAAUAAAAUGGUUGCAACUAAGCUGUCACCUAACCUCAUUACAUAUAACACAUUAAUUUAUGGGCUGUGUAAAGCAGGUAUAGUGGAUAGUGCCAGUCGGUUGAUUCACUUGAUGGUCAAGGAUGGCUUAAGCCCUGAUCAUCGGACUUUGAGUGCGUAUAUAGACUGUCUCUGUAGAAUGGGUAGAGUUGAAGCAGCUCAUCAGGUUUUUGAGUCCAUGAGGGAAAAACAUAUUGAAGCAAAUGAACAUAUAUAUACAGUCUUGAUUGAUGGGUACUGCAAAGCUGGUAAAAUUGAAGAUGCCCAUUUGUUGUUCAAAGAUAUGCUUGCUGAGGAAUGCUUGCCCAAUUCAAUCACUUUCAAUGCAUUGAUAGAUGGGUUGCGGAAGGAUGGAAAAAUGCAAGAUGCAUUGUCAUUGGUGGAAGAAAUGGUAAACCACGACACAAAGCCCACUGUUUACACCUAUACAAUGCUAAUUGAGGAAAUGUUGAAGGAAGGAAACUUUGAUCGAGCUAAUAGAACUCUUGCCCAAAUGAUCUCUUCUGGAUGUCAACCUAAUGUGGUCACGUACACAGCAUUCAUUAAGUCACUUUGCAGUCAAGGAAGAUUACAGGAUGCUGAGGAUAUGGUGGUCAAGAUUAAAACCGAAGGCAUAUUGCUAGACUCCUUUGUCUAUGAUUUAUUAAUUAAUGCAUACGGAUGUAUGGGACAACUAGACAGUGCCUUUGAUGUUCUCAAGCGCAUGUUUGCUGAUGGUUGUGAGCCUUCUCGUCAAACCUAUUCCAUCCUAAUGAAGUAUCUACUAAAUGAUAAACAUAAGAAGGAAGGCAAGAAUGUUGUGGGAGUUGAUUUAAGUUCAAUCAAUAUCUCAAAUGAUAAUGCAGAUUUGUGGAAAAUAGUCGAUUUUGAAAUUAUAAAUGUACUCUUUGAGAAAAUGGUUCAAUAUGGUUGUGUACCCAAUGUAAACACAUACAGCAAGCUUAUCAAAGGACUCUGCAAAGUAGAAAGCUUUGAUUUAGCCUUUAGAUUGUUAAAUCAUAUGACGGAAAGAGGAAUCUCUCCCUCCGAGAAUAUUCAUAACUCACUUCUAAGUGGUUACUGCAAGUUGGGAAAGUAUGAGGAAGCAGUGAGAUUGCUAGAUUCUAUGAUGGAGAGUAGCCAUUUAGCACAUCUGCAAUCUUGUAAGCUUCUCAUUUGUGGGCUUGUUGAACAAGGAAACAGUGAUAAGGCUGAGGCAGUUUUUACUAGUUUGAUACGCUGUGGGUAUUACAAUGAUGAAGUGGCUUGGAAAGUUCUAAUUGAUGGUUUAAUCAAGAGGGGAUCUGUUGAUCAAAGCUCUAAAUUGCUGAACAUCAUGCUGAAGAAUGGAUGCCGCUUACAUCCCGAGACAUACUCUAUGUCAACGCUGGAACAAAAUGAAGAGUAAUUCUGUAAUGCAUGAUUGAAGAUUUGGGUUCGUGGCUUCCUGUUGAACUUCUAGUUGAAGACUGGCCAGAAUGAUAUAGAUAUAACCUGAACCUUUGUAAUAUCAGAAGUGAGCUGUGAAUGGCUUUGUUGCACAAAUGUGGUAACUGUUCACAGUCCAAACCCAUCAUAACUGACAAUCACACUGUCUGAGAGCAUCAGCAAUGGGUCAAGA